AUGUUCACGAAAAAGUCCCAUGCCGACGUGAAGAAGUCCACCCUGAAGAUUCAGGAUUGCAAAAAGGACUCCCAGACCAGACUCCGGCAUCUCAAGACAAUCCUAGAUCAUGUGGAUCUGGAGGAGGCAAAAUCCCUGUUUGAAUCCAACUACAGUCACGUGUAUUAUGUGCUGUAUGACACCUUUAUUCAGGCUGAGUCAAAUUUGAAACAAAGAGAGCUCUCAUUUCAUAUUGUGCAUAAGGCACAUCGGGAAGAAUUGGAUGGCUCUCUGUGGCUUCUGGGAAAGAUUCUCUGUCUACUGCCGGAACUUAUUGCCAAACGAUGGCAAUGUCAUUCACUGGGAAGGAUUAUGAAUAAAUUGUUGCAUCCGGGGAAUAGUGCAAAGUUGAGGAGGGAGGGUGUGAGGUAUUUUCUGUUGUGGUAUCAGGCUAUGGGGGAAAAUGCUCCACAGCAGGUUCAUACGAUGUUUGCGGACUUGGUGCCGGGAUUGAGUAUUCCACAGAAGAGUGGAGGACUCAAUUUGGACACUGAGUACGCUGCUACGGAUAUUCUCAAUCAUCCAAAUAUGAAGCUUGAAAUGGGUACGAGUGUUUUUCACGAUACGGGCAUUCAUCCGGUGAGGAGUCCGGAGAUUUCUCCACUCUUGCCACCGGGAUCCAAUGAACGAACAGCAGCUCCAGAUCCCAGGGAUGGGCUGGAAGUUUUGCUGGAUUGUAUGGUUCAGGCUACGGGAUGUAUAAAGUGGCGCGAUAAUACACCACAGAGGCAUAUGAGGAGUUUUCAUUUUCUCCUCAAUCGCUUCCAAGAGGUCUAUUUGCCGGUUUUCUGUCCCAAUUUUGAUCUCACAACGUCCAUUUAUGAGCCCAAAUUGGAUUUGCCGACAAUGCGAACGGUGAGUCGGCGGGAAGAGGUGAUGAGUUCGUGUGUUGUGGUACUGAUCAAUUGGGUGUCACGGUUCACACAUGAGAAAGGUGUGCACAAUAGAAUGGAUCAGUUGACAAUGGAGGAAGAUGUGGGGGAAAAUGCGAGUUUACUGUGGAAUUUGCGUCAGAUGGGCUUUUCUCAGGCACAAUUGGUGAGAGAUGUGCUGUAUUCAACACGGGACACAGUUAAUUUUGUCCAUGAGGUGUACAGACAGGCAUUUCUGCUGGGUUUCUCGUCCAAGGGACAGAUUGAGGCGAUAAAAAUUGCCAUUGCUGUCUAUAGGGAUUGGAUGAGCAAUACACCGCCGCCAUUUUUGCUGGAACCGACUGAGGAUGGUUGUCAUUCCGGGGAGAAGACCCAGAGAAAUCUUCGUCUUCGUACAGAUUCCUACAUAGGUGCUAUCUACAAGGAGAAUCUGAUUAUCAGAUCCGGUCUGCAGAAUGUCCUUCAAGUCUUUGUCACUCAUGCAUCCAAUGUCUUUAUGAUCCACACAGAACAGCUCAAUAUAAUCUUCCAAUCGAAAUCACGUGAUAUCACAACAUCAGCCCUCGAUGAGCAAACGGAUAUCUGCAAGAGAGUCCUCAAUAUCUACCGGACAAUGGUGAUGAAUACGCGAAUGGAUGGAAGGAGCUGGGAACAAUUGCUGUUGGUACUUUUGCAGAUAACAUCAGUUAUUUUGAGUGAUAAUGCCUCCAGUUCGAAGAAGAACACUCUGGGAGGGAGAUUGGCUCAGCCAAUCUUCCAGACGCUCAUUGUCACCUGGAUUCGGGCUCAUACAAAUGUCCAUGUCAAUACGGCUCUCUGGGAGAAAUUCCUCUCUGUCCUGUCAUCGCUGACGCACAGGGAAGAGUUGAUAAUUGAAUGGGAUAAGACCAUGCAGACUCUGACGAGGGUACUAGCUCGUCAGGUCUACAAUCUCAAUCUACAAGAUCUGCCCCUUGAUCGUUUGGCCGAGAACAAGGGCAAAAGGAGACGAGGGGUUUCUAUUUGGCAGCAGAAUGACCAUCAGAGUACGUCUGAAGGACAAACUACGCCCAGUUCGUCAAAACCCGAACAAACAGAUGAAGGAUCAAAUGGGCAGCAGACAAGGGACCACGGCAAUCAAGCCAGGAGCAUUCCAGGUACUCCAGCACUCAAUAGGAGUUACAGCGAAGGAAGUUUGGCACCACCAAAACGCUUCCGAAGUCGCAAGCGCUUGAAACAUCACAAGGUGCCACCUCUUCCUGUCAAUGUCGAACACUCCCUCAAUCGCAUGCUCUCAAACACUCCAACCAAUUUAAGUAUUAGCUCUGAAGCUCUCAAUACAUCCCGAACCAGUCAAGUGACUGCUGAAUCCAACACUCUUAGGCGUGCUCUGUCCCUGGAUUCUAUCAGGCCUCCUGGAGAGUCAACCAGAGGUGAUGAUAGUCGUCAUGAUUCCCGUAGUCCUUCUCCCACAGCUUCCAGUGGCAUCGAAGGUGGUUCCAUCAAAGAUUCUCCGUUGCAAAUUGACAUGAUGACGGGUGAUUCAAGUAGCAUUGAUACCCAAGAUGAGGGAAAUGUUUCAAUUGACAGGAGGUCUAUUCUGGCUGGAGGAUCGGCCAGAGGAUGGCUUCCAGAUGUUGCUGCUGUCAUGUGGAAACGCAUGCUAGGAGCACUGGGAGAUGUCAAUUUGAUACAGAAUCCCAAACUCCAUGCUCAGAUAUUUCGGCAUUUGGUGGAUAUGACGUCGAGUCUGAUCAAGAUAAGACUCAAUCAGGGUAUCUCGAAUGACAAUCAAACAACUCCUAAUCCACCAAGUCUAGUACCACCAAUUGGACUGAUUGCACCGUGGUGCUUUGGGGCUCUGGCUCUAGAUGGGCAAUAUCGGGAGGGGAAGAUCUGUGCUCUGCAACUACUGUGUACAAUGGCCAAAAAUGGCCAGUUGAAUGGUAUGGAUCAGCUUCCUCUGUUCUACAGUGCUCUCCAUCAAGCCCUAACGGGCGUAGAUCGGGAUCUAGCGUACACGGCUCUUAGGUUUCUCGGGGGACCGCGUUUUCUCAGUUUACUCCUUCCUGGACAUACGCUACUGCUCUUGGAUUUGGUUCAUGCAUCGACAGUUCUCAUUACUUCGUCUAGUUGUGGAAGCCAUGCUCCGCGAUCCGAAGUAGCUGGCUUGCUGGGAUCGUUGCUGUGCUUCCCGAAGACUUCCCUUCCAAAACCCGUUCUCAAUCCAUCGGGACCCCAUGUGGACUUGAUGGAAUGUCCGGAUUUACAGGAACAUGUUCUCAAUGUUAUAAUGCGAUGCGCUCGUAGGGAACCAACUUCCAAGGCCCGUUGCAUUGCUAUAGCGGCCCUAGGGCAGUGGAUUGUUCAGAAUCUGUCAAAUUUCUCUGCAUUUAGCACCUCUGGCGGAUUCACGCAGCAAAUUCCAUCACAACAUUCACAGCGAAGUGAUCUGCAGACGGUGAUCAAUCCAAGGAUAACGGAAGCUGUACAGAUCAUUUUGCAGGCUCUUCAGUUCAAAAAUCGAACAAUAGCCAGAAUUGCGUCGGAGACGCUGAAGCUAUGUGCUGAGAAGGGAAAGUACAUUGCAAAGAUUGAAAGACUUCCACAGAUGAUCAUAAAUGCCCUGUGCAUUGCCCUAGAAAUCCAAAAUACCAGUCAUCCGAAGGAGAGUGAUAAGAUCGUGAUAAAUUCACUGUUGCUGUGCAUUGGAGAAUUUUGCAUGCAAACCCCAGUUAAGAUUCUCCAAGAAACUUCCAAUCCUGAAUCUGGAAACACUCUUAUCCUGAAUGUCCUUCGAGUACUUCAUCAUAUUGCAACGGGUACAAAGUCAGAUCGUGUGAAACUCUUUACGGCUGAUGAGGAUUUUGACAUGACAAUCACGGUGGAUGAUGCCAGGGAGACGUUGACCAAUGAACCAAGCUAUCAAACAACGGAGACCACACAGAAUUGUCUGUUUGGCAUAAGGCUCUGUGCAAAAACCGUUGCAAUGCACUUGGUAACGAACCUAGGGCAUUUUCCCAUUGGAAUAGGUGCAUCGAGGUUGAGUUCAAUGGUAGACGAGCAGGAUGAUCUGAGUUUGGUGGCAAGCCAAGCUGCAACGAAUAGUAUUCAUACGAGAGAUUCCGUCGAUUUGGGAACACCACAGGUUCUCAAUGCACCUAAUUUGCAGUUGUUUAUGCUCAACAAGAACCUAGUGGCGAGUUUUGUGGAGUUGCCAACGCUCAAGCUACCAGGCGGUGGGAUAACAGCUGGCCUGGUAACGGCUGAUCGUCAGGUGCGUUUGCUGUUGCGUGAUAUAAAUGGGAAAGCCUGCUGGGAUGCAUCGGUUCUGUAUAGAGAACCUAGGAUCCAACAUGCUUCCAGUUCGCUCAAGCUAGCUGAUCAAAGUAGUUCUGUGACAUCGGGAAUAUCAGUUCACACGAGAACUUUCAGUAUUGGAAAGAAUUUUAUGGUAUCCCUAGAUCCAAUGACAUCAAUUGUUGGAAUGCCUAUGCCACCUGUUAGGCAUACUUUGAGACACCGUCCACCGGGUCAAUUGCCCCUAGCUGGUGAUUUGGAACCUGAUCUAGAUCAACUGGAUGACUUGUUGCAGUACAUUGGACACACAAGUCCUGAAUGUUUGGAUGUCAGUCGAACCCCCCUAAAUACAGCAGGUCCUACUCCACUUGGUAACAACGUAGAAACGCAAGCUAUCUCGAUAAUACUUAAUCAGAAGAAUAUUGAACAGGAUUACAUAGCGAGACAUGCUACUUACAAUUCAGCAAUGAAUACGUGCAAUAUUUCCCAAAUAACACAGUUCGAUAGUUUCUCGGACGAAGCGUUGGAGGAAAGUGUGAGUUCGACGGGUAGGGGAGACCCGGCUUUCCACUACUGCAGACUCCUAUUUAGUCAACUGGGAUUGGCUAGUUGGGAAAAGAGGCAGAGGACAACUCUUCUAGCACGAACGGAUAAAUUGUUGCGUGAACUGCGGAAUCUGGAUACGCAAAAAUGUCGCGAAACGCACAAAAUGGCAGUGAUCUAUGUAGGGGCGGGGCAGGAGGACAAGAAUAGUAUUUUGAGGAAUACUUGUGGCAGUAGUACCUACGAGAUGUUUGUCUCAGCCCUUGGAUGGGAGAUAGAACUUGAGUCUCACAAUGGCUUUCUAGGUGGUUUGCCAAGGACUGGUUGUGGUUCCACUGCACCCUACUACGCCACUCCCUUCCUCGAGGCGAUCUACCAUGUGGCAACACGAAUGCCAUCGGACACCCCUGAAGCCAUUCUCAACAAGACGCGCCAUCUAGGAAACGACGAAGUUCACAUUGUUUGGAGUGAACAUUAUCGUGAUUACCGAAGAGAUAUUCUGCCAACUGAGUUCUGUGACGUUCUCAUUGUUGUCUAUCCGCUCAGGAGUGGCCUGUUUCGUGUUACGGUGAAUCGCAAGGCUGAUGUUCCGUGGUUUGGACCGAUUUGGGAUGAGGCUGUUGUUGGUGGAGCUUGUCUGGCGACCCUCGUUAGGGCUACAGCGAUCAAUGCUAGCCGUGCAAAGAGGACUUCGCUCAAUUUCUACCAACAAUUCUACGAGGAGAGGCAUCGAUCACUGGAAACAGUGGCUUCGAGGCACAAGGAGAAUACGACUUUUGAAGAAUUUGCCAGUCGUGUCUUCUCGCCCAUUCAAUCUGCAAGUGUUUCUGCAUCAAACGCUUCAAGUAAUGCAGGAAAUGCUCCACUGGCUGCUGCCCUCAUUGAUCAUCAGAAGAUUGCUUCGAAAACUUGGAUGCAACACUUGGAGAUCGGAGCUCGUGAGUCAAACAGUCAACAAAGUGGAAUGAGUAAUUCUUCGACUGAGAAUCCCUCACCGAGGCCACUGCGAAAGAUUACCCAUCCAUUCAAGGGUGGCAUGAAGAAGACAUCGAUCCAGCAUCACCAUCAGCAGAGCACACCGCCGGACAGUCCAACUCUGCCGGGACGGAAAUUCAAGUAAUCGUAAGAGUUAAUCAAAAAUCAAUUAACUUAAUCUUUCUCAACACACUUAUUUUCUCCAAAGUAAAGACUUAACUAAUGAUAACACAAAAUGCAUGGGGGAUCCUAUACUUCUCUACGGCGUAAUGGUCAAAUUAGGUGUCUAUUUGAAAAGAAACAAAAAAAAAACUAAAAUAUUUCUAUUAUAUUUCUUGUUAUUCACUGAGAGAUGAUGUAGUGUGAGAAAAAAUGGUGGCAUUUCUAUAUAGACAGACUCUAAAGAAAAAAAAUCUAAAACGAUCAAUUAAAUAUUCCAAAUGAAAAAAGUUAUUAAUAAAAUGUAAGAAUCACAUGGACUUGUUUUUAAAAUAUUGUAUUUUCUUCUCUUUAUAUUUAGAUUUUAUUCGUUCAAUAUUUUAUUUAUUUACAAUUUAAAGCUUUAUUCGCAUGUUUUUAUUUUAUUUCACUUACAUCUCUACUAAUUCAUUUUAAUUGAAAGAUUAAAAAAAAAACACUUAACCCGUUCUCUUUAUCAAUGGACAAAAAAGUAUUAAAUGUAAUUUAAAAAAAAUAAAGAAAAACUUAGUUUUCGUCCAGUAUUCUUGGUUUGUUGAAGAUAAUGUUCUAUAUCGAAAGCAAACAAUAAAUGUUACAGCUUAAAAUAAAAACUCUAUUAAACUUUAUAAA